AUGGCCCCGUCCAAGACCGACACCAAGUGGUCCGUAGAGUUCGACAAUGUGCGCCGGGACAACCUCUUCAAACACCCUCCUAAAGACAGCACCGCAUAUCCCUCCCUCGUCGCGGCCGUAGACCCACACAUCCACUCCUUCAACGCCAUAAUAGAGAAAAACGGCCUGCUCGAACAUGCCCUGAGGGACAUAGGCACCAAAGUCUUUCUCGACGGCGACCCCAACGCGAAGCCAGAGGAGCGACCUCGAAGAAACAGGCUCAGCGUCAGGGUGAGCCAGGUUUUCCUGGACAAGUCCCAGUUGCCCCCAACGAACAAGCACAACAACAGCGAUAGAAGGAUAUGGCCGGCCGAAUGCAGAGAGCGGCAUGUCACGUACAGGGGGAGACUGAGGGUGCGGAUGGAGUACAAAGUCAACAACGGGGACUGGAGAGAGCUGGUCAGGGAGCUUGGGCAGGUCCCCUUGAUGCUCCGGGGUAACCGUUGCCACCUUGAGAACCUGCCGCCUGAGAGGCUUGUGUACGCGAAAGAGGAGUCUGAAGAGCUGGGAGGGUACUUUAUCGUCAACGGCAUCGAGAAGAUCAUUCGGAUGUUGGUCGUCGGCAGAAGAAACUACGCCAUGGCUAUCAUUCGGCCUUCGUUUGUCAACCGCGGAUCGUCCUACACGAAAUAUGGCGUGCAAGUUCGAUCGGUGCGGCCGGACCAGACCUCGCAGACGAAUGUAUUACACUACCUGAGCGACGGUAAUGUGACAUUCCGGUUUUCAUGGAGGAAGAAUGAGUACCUGGUGCCGGUAAUGAUGAUCAUGAAGGCCUUAGUAGAGACCAAUGACCGGGAAAUCUUUGAGGGCUUGGUCGGACCCGCUGGCUCCAAAGGCCUACAAGAAAAGCAGUUCGUUACGGACCGAGUCGAGCUACUACUUCGGACAUACAAGGCUUACAACAUCCGUGGGCGAGCCAAAACAAGAGCUUACCUUGGAAGCAAGUUCAGAAUUGUCUUAGGAGUUCCGGAAGAUAUGACUGAUGAAGAUGUCGGUACUGAGUUUCUCAGGAAGAUCGUGCUUCCCCAUCUUGGAAAUUUCAGUGUUGCGGAAAGCCAAGACGCAGACAAGUUCAAGAUGCUGCUCUUCAUGACACGCAAGCUGUACGCUCUUGUCGAAGGGGAGUGUGCCGCCGACAACAUAGAUGCGGUAUCAAAUCAAGAAAUUCUACUGGGAGGCUCCCUAUAUGGCAUGAUAAUAAAAGAAAGAAUAGAGGAGUGGAUGAACUCGAUACGAGUCGCGGCAGCUGAUUGGUGCAGUAGCAAUAACUGGGCAACGUUUGACUCUGAGAAGUUUAAUACAGAUUUCAUACCCAAAAUCCUACGGAAAACGAACGAGAACAUUGGCCAGGCCCUGGAGUACUUCAUGUCCACGGGUAACCUAGUCAGUCCCAGCGGUCUCGACCUACAACAAACAUCCGGCUAUACAGUUGUUGCAGAAAAGAUUAACUUCUACCGGUUCAUCAGUCAUUUCCGAAUGGUGCACAGAGGUAGCUUCUUCGCGGAGCUCAAGACAACGACCGUUCGAAAGCUGUUACCAGAGAGCUGGGGCUUCCUGUGUCCUGUACAUACACCCGACGGCAGCCCUUGUGGGCUGCUGAACCAUCUGGCACAUAAAUGCAAGCUCGCUACACAUGCUGUGGACGCGUCCGCGGUGCCCUCACUAGUCGCUCAGCUAGGUGUCAGCAAUGCAUCAGCGGCUUCACUGGCAGACAGCGUGGUAGUGCAAUUAGACGGGAGGAUCCUCGGCUUCUGCUCCCCCAAGCAGGCCAAGGUCAUUGGAGAUACAUUACGGUACUGGAAAGUUGAAGGCACUCACAACGUUCCACGCGAGCUCGAGAUUGGUUACAUCCCCAACUCGAACGGCGGUCAGUAUCCUGGUGUGUACAUGUUCUCGCAAGCAGCACGUAUGUACCGGCCAGUGAAGUACCUUCCGCUAGAUAAGGAGGACUUUGUGGGUCCGCUCGAACAACCUUUCAUGUCCAUUGCCUGCACCGAGCCAGAAGUCGAGUCCGGCGAGUCCACUCACGUCGAGUACGACCCCACCAAUAUCCUCUCCAUUGUCGCCAACCAGACUCCUUUCUCCGACUUCAACCAGUCUCCCCGGAACAUGUACCAGUGCCAGAUGGGCAAGCAAUCCAUGGGCACACCGGGCACCGCUCUCCGCUACCGCACCGACAAUAAGACCUACCGCCUGCAGACUGGUCAAACUCCCGUUGUACGGCCGCCGCUGCAUAAUGAGUACGGCCUCGACAACUUCCCCAACGGCAUGAACGCUGUCGUGGCCGUUAUAUCUUACACCGGCUACGACAUGGACGACGCUAUGAUUCUCAACAAGUCCGCCCACGAGCGCGGCUUCGGACACGGCACAAUCUACAAGACGAAGAAGAUCGACCUGAACGAGAACGGGCGCUCUGCUAGGGGGACGAGGAGCAUCAACAAGCUCUUCGGCUUCGCGCCCGGCGGCCUAAUCCGCGCACAAUGGCGCGACAAGCUCGACGAAGACGGGCUACCCCACGUCGGCCUCAUGGUGCAAGAAGGCGACAUCAUCGCCGCAACGCACAGCGUAACCUAUGACGCCUCCAAGAAAGCCUUUAUCAACCAAGACGGCGAAACCUCAUUCAUCCGCUACAAAGACAGCGAGCAAGCCUUCGUGGAAGAAGUGCGCAUCAUCGGCUCCGAAACGGGCAACGAGCCCUGCCAAACCCUCUCCAUCAAGCUGCGGAUCCCACGCUCCCCAGUAAUCGGCGACAAGUUCUCCUCCCGCCACGGCCAGAAGGGCGUCAUGAGCCAGAAGUGGCCCACGGCCGACAUGCCCUUCAGCGAGUCCGGGAUAGUGCCGGACGUCAUCAUCAACCCGCACGCCUUCCCCUCGCGCAUGACGAUCGGCAUGUUCGUCGAGUCGCUGGCGGGCAAAGCCGGGGCGCUGCACGGGCUGGCCCAGGACAGCACGCCCUUCCGCUUCAGCGAGCAACACACGGCCGUCGACUUCUUCGGCCACCAGCUCCGCAAGGCGGGCUACAACUACUACGGCAACGAGCCCAUGUACAGCGGCAUCACGGGCCAGGAGCUGCACGCGGACAUCUACAUCGGCGUCGUGUAUUACCAGCGUCUGCGGCACAUGGUCAACGACAAGUACCAAGUCCGCACCACGGGCCCGAACAACGCGCUCACGGGCCAGCCGAUCAAGGGCAGGAAGAAGGGCGGCGGCAUCCGCGUCGGCGAGAUGGAGAGGGAUGCGUUGCUCGCGCAUGGCACGGCCUUCUUGCUGCAGGAUCGGCUUAUGAAUUGCUCGGAUUACGCGCGCGCGUGGCUGUGUAGGGGCUGUGGUGCGUUUUUGGGCACUACGCCCACGGUCAAUGAGUAUGGAAGAGGCAGGAAGGGUACGGGGGUUACGAGGUGUAGGAGGUGUGCGAAGAGGGCGCAGGGCUGGGAGCCGAAGAGUGAGGUCUGGGAGGAUGGAUCGGGGAUUAGAUGGGUGGGAGGCGAGGAUGUGGCGGUCGUGGCGGUGCCGGGCGUGUUGAGGUUUUUGGAUGUUGAGCUGGCGGCUAUGGGCGUCAAGAUGAGGUUUAAGGUCGAGCCGUAA